CGCAGGCUCCGUGGCUCGCCAUCGUCGCCUUUGUCUGCCGAGAUAUCAGCGUCCUGAAGGGCUUUCUCUUUGCAAGUUUAGAGUGUACACUUCAAACAGAAACGGUGGGUGGCUGAGAAGUUGAGUCUGCAGAAGCAGCCUCUGGUGUUUCUGCACAGAUAAGGACACAGGAUGAAAGACUUGCGAGUUAAGUCUCAUAUUUCUCUAUAGAAACAGACUAAAAAUUUUUUUUGGAAGACCUAGUAUACAGAGUACUUUCCUCUGGGCACAGACAUUGCAUGUGGGGCUCAGCUGAAGAAAAUGUGAAGUGUAAUUUAUCCACAUUCACAAUUUACUUGUGCAAGUGAGAGCAACUGUAAGAAAGAACCAUUAACAUAAAGGCGGUGCUGUAUUUCUGUCCCUUGUCACCCCAUCUCAGGCCACUCAUGUAAAAAGUCUCUCGUUAUAUAUCCAGCUUCACUAGAUCCUUGUGUAUCUAGUGAGUGUGAAAAAGCUUUCAUCCUGUCUCAGUAGAUGCUAGGAGAAAACCCUUGUGCGUAACAGAAUGUUGGAAAGUCUUCAUCCUGAGUCCGAGCUUCUGCAUGAUGAACCUGAUUCUGGAGAGAAACUUUAUGAAUGUAAUGAAUGCAGAAAAACCUUUAGCCUAAAACAAAGCUUUGUAGAGCAUAAGAAAACACACAGUGGAGAGAACUCACAUGAGUGUACAGAAUGCGGCAAGGCGUUUUCUCGAGUCUCAUCACUUACUCUACAUAUGAGAAGUCACGCACGGAGGAAGUCAUAUAAAUGUGGAAAAGCCUUCAGCCAGAGAGGAAACCUCCUUUCUCCUCAGAAGCAACAUGCUGAAGAGAACCCCAAUGACUGUGAGAAGACCUCCACUCAGAUGACAGCCCCCCUCAGAAAUCAGAGACGCACCGGGAGCAAACAGUUUGCGUGUAAGGAGUGUGGGAAAGCCUUCAGUGGCAAAGCGUAUCUCAAAGACCAUGAGAAAAUUCAUACAGGAGAGAAGCCAUUUGAAUGUGAUCAGUGUGGAAGAGCCUUCAGCCAGAAGCAGUACCUCCUGAAACAUCAGAACAUCCAUAGUGGAAAGAAACCUUUUAAAUGUAAUGAGUGUGGUAAGGCUUUUAGCCAGAAAGAGAACCUCAUUAUCCACCAGAGAAUCCACACUGGAGAGAAACCCUACGAAUGCAAAGGCUGUGGGAAGGCCUUCAUUCAGAAAUCAAGCCUCAUUAGACACCAGAGAAGUCAUACUGGAGAGAAACCUUACACAUGUAAGGAGUGUGGAAAAGCCUUCAGUGGCAAAUCCAACCUCACCGAGCAUGAGAAAAUCCAUAUCGGAGAGAAGCCGUACAAAUGUAACGAAUGUGGGACGAUUUUCCGGCAGAAGCAGUAUCUCAUCAAACAUCACAACAUCCAUACGGGCGAAAAACCCUACGAAUGUAAUAAGUGUGGAAAAGCCUUUUCUCGGAUUACGUCACUCAUAGUACACGUGAGAAUUCAUACAGGUGAUAAACCCUAUGAGUGUAAAAUCUGUGGGAAAGCCUUCUGUCAGAGCUCCUCUCUCACAGUGCAUAUGAGGAGCCAUACGGGUGAGAAGCCCUACGGCUGUAAUGAGUGUGGGAAGGCCUUUUCUCAGUUCUCAACUCUUGCUUUACACAUGAGAAUCCAUACUGGUGAAAAACCUUACCAGUGUAGUGAGUGUGGGAAGGCUUUCAGCCAGAAGUCACACCACAUUAGACACCAGAGAAUUCAUAUUCAUUAAAGCUCUAUAAAUGCCUUAUAUUUAGGAACGCUUGAGCAGAAUGUAUGGUUGGUAAUAUAUCAAAAGAUUUAUCUUACAUUAAAGUUACACAAAUGUAGGAAAUCCUUCUAUAGUGACUCAAAACUUAAAUGUAAAGAUAUUUAAUAAGAUGUAUCACAGUAUUAUAUACUUCACAGGCUCUCACAAUAAAAGUUAUUAGUAUAAUUUUUUUGUUUGUUUUUUUUUCUCUGUAGCUUUGGGGCCUGUCCUGGAACUCACUUAAUGGUAGACCAGGCUGGCCUUAAAUUCACAGAGAUCCAUCUGUCUCUGCUUCCCAAGUGCUGGGAUUAAAGUUGUGUACCACCAACCACCCAGCUAAGUACUAUAAUUUUGAUACCCUUCUCAAUGAACUUAGAGUCCAGUGAUUCCAAGUAUUAUAGUCUCAGAAAGUUUAUCAAAUGUAUUAAGAUAAUAUGAGCAAUAUAAGUUUUGAAAUUAAGAGGUAAAAAUAUUUUUGACAUAUGCUUUUCUAUAUGGGUCAUUUGUAAAAAUCACUUUUCAAAAAAGGCAUUUUGGGACAGGGUCUCCCUGUGUUGAUAGCCCAGGGUGACCUUAAACUCACUACAUAGCCCAAGGUGGCCUCAAGUCGCUGGUUAUUUGGUUACUCAGCCUCCCAGUACUGCAAUUACAGAUAUCCAUCACCAUGCCAACUCACAAGUCUUUGUUAAUAGAAAUGAAUAAAGUUGAGGCCAUGACAGAAUAUUGAAUCUAGAAAUAUGAAUGAAUUCAUGGAGGAUUGGUAUUUGAUUCUGGCAGUAUCCCAGAUCAGUACAAAAACCAUGGAUGACUUAAAAAAUAAUCUCAGGAUAAUCAGCUUUUGUGUGGGAAAAUAAUAGGUCUCUGAAGUCUUCAUUUAUUAAAGUAUUUCUUAGGAUCCAGUGUCUUUGCAGAAAGGAAAGCCUUGUUUAAGAACUUUCUAGGUGGAUGGUUUUUAAUACUUGAGUAGGAAAGAAAUUCUAGAAUCUUGAGCAUUUAGACUUAUUCUCAAGAAACUGAUGCUCACGUAGGGAGCUGUGCACCAGUCAGUCUUCUCACUGCAGCAUAAGUUACGGUAGCAAAAAUCAGGUACAGGUAUUUGUUUAUGAAGUAGAUAAAUAAAAUAUGACAAUCAUACAGUAGAAUAUUCCAGCAGCUAGGCACAACUGGUUAAAUUUAUGUAUUAACAGCAAAAGAAAAAGAAAAAUCAGCAUGAAGAAAAUUGAAUUGAUAGUUAUAUUGUGAUGAUUCUUGUGUAAAUUUGAAUAAAACCAACUUGUCAACUCUGGUACUAAGCAUUGCUUAUGGGAAACACUUUUCUCUAAAACUAGGAUUGGGAGGAUAUGUAUUCAGUUCCCAAAAAGUGGCCAUUGCUGUUACCGUGCGAAUGGAGUUCUAUAGAAGCGGAAUGUGACAAAGCGGGGUAAUUAUAGCUACUCCAGGUUUAUAGCUAAAAAUCUGCUUUUCAUUAAAAAUAAAGGUUCCAAAGAAAUGUAACAAAUUGAUAGUUCUACGUUGUGGCAACAUAUAUUCUGUGCCAUUUUUCUUAAAAAGCUAGCUAUGAAUGAGAUACAUAUUAUUACAAGAGUCCCCAUGGUAUGUGUGGGUACAUCCCACGGUACCUGGUGGAUACCUGAAGUAUAUAGUAUUAACUGUUAGGUUUUCCUAUGUACAUACAUGCCUGUGGUAAAGCUUAUUAGUACCACAGGAGUCUAACGGCAACUUUUUACACAGCAUUGUAACCGCAGCUUCUGACUUUCCCCCCUAUUGAGAACAUUCAUGUCUUCACGGAAGCACAGCUUCCUUGCGCAUCAAUAUUCUUGGGCUUUGGAGCCAUUGUUGAGUGAAGGAAGUGUUGUGUAGUUUCUGUCCACUGAUUGGAUCCAGACAAAUAAAAUUUGGAGAAGUCCUGCCCUGA